AAACCCAGUCAAAGUUCACUUGGCAUCUGAGUUUCACUUUUCAGGGGAUCACAGUUCUAGGAGGUGAGCGUGUGCUCCUGAUUGGAAUCUCAUCCUCAGGAACGUGACUCUCCCUCCAGUUGCCGAAAGUGGCUUAAAUCCUCCUUCCCCCAAAGCCUCGGGGGACCACGCUGCCUCCACGCCAUCUGGUGGGACCUCAGUUCUCGCCCCAGUCAGCACCUCAGGCUCUGAUUGUCUUUGGACGUCUGCUCUGUGGAUGAAGGGUACACCUGAGAGCAGGUGAUGAGACGGCCCGGCAGCCCUGGUUUCACCCCUAAGGAAAGAGGGAGACGUGAGGAGUCAAGGCAUCAAGAAGGCAGGCUCCUUCCAUCUGAGGCGAAGUGACUGACACAUUUCAAGUGGCAAACUACUACGGGUCUGUGCUGUCUUCCAAAGCUCAGGCUCAUUUUCUGUAAAUAUUUGAGUGCUCUUUCAGGGAGGAUGGUGGAUUUUCCAGGAUACAGUCUGUCUGCUUUCGCUGCCUCCUUCCUCUUUAUAGUGUUCAGCAUGAAGCAGUCAGAUGACUUCAGAGUGAUUGGCUCUGUUUAUCCUGUCCUGGCCAUGGUCGGGGAAGAUGCCCUGCUAACCUGCCAGCUCCUCCCCAAGAGGACAGCAGAGCACAUGGUCGUGAGGUGGUACCGCUCAGGGAGCAGCACACCUGUGUUUGCAUCCCGGGAUGGAUCCGAGGUGACAGAGAUGCAGAUGGAGGAAUACAGAGGCCGGGUGGAGUGGAUUGAGGACCACCUUACCGAGGGAAAGGUGGCUCUGAAGAUUCAUAACAUCCGACCAUCUGAUGGUGGGCAGUACUGGUGCCAGUUCCAAGAGGAAAACUAUUAUGGAGAAACAAGCUUGUUGCUCAAAGUAGCAGGUCUGGGGUCCGCCCCUUCCAUCCACCUGAUGGGAUCUGUGGAAAGUGAACUCCAGCUUGUGUGCACUGCCAAAGGCUGGUUCCCAGAACCUCAGGUUUCUUGGCAAGACAUCACAGGAGAAGAGUUGCUGACUGCCUCUGAGCAUCACUUCCAAGAGGAAGACGGCUUGUUCUACGUGGAAAGCAUGCUUGUGCUCCGGAAUACCUCUGCAGAGAUUGUGUCCUGCUUCAUCCGCAACCCAGAGCUCUCUGAGAAGAAGGGGUCAAACAUCUCCAUCCCAGAGAAACUCCAGACAGAGCUGGCUUCCUUAAAAGUGAUUGGACCUUCCCAGCCCAUCCUUGUCAGAGUGGGAGAAGACAUAGAGUUAACCUGUUACCUGUCCCCAGAGACUGAUGCACAGGGCAUGGAGGUGAGGUGGGUCCAAUCCCACCGUUAUCCUGCUGUUUAUGUCUACAUGGAUGGGGACCACGUGGCUGGAGAGCAGAUGGCAGAGUAUAAGGGGAGGACUGCACUGGUGCGUGAUGCCAUCAAUGAAGGGAGGCUGACCCUGAAGAUAAGCAAUGCCAGGACUUCAGAUGAUGGGCAGUAUCAGUGCCUUUUUGAAAAAGAUGGUGUCUACCAGGAGGCCCAUUUGGAUCUGAAGAUUGUAGGUCUGGGGUCUUACCCUUCCGUCUCCUUGGAGGAACAGAAGGAUGGACAAAUAAAGCUGAAGUGCACUUCGGAAGGGUGGUUCCCACAGCCCCACGUGCAAUGGAGAGACAGGGAAGGAAGGCCAAGACCGUCUUUUUCCCAGGAGGUGACUCAAGGCAGCCAUGGGCUGUUCCAUGUGCAGGCGUUUUUAUUGGCCACAGAUGCCUCUGUUGUGAAUGUGACCUGCUCCAUCAGCAACCCCCUUCUUGGCCAGGAGGAGAAAAUGACAACUUUUUUUCUUUCAGAGUCUGGGAUGACUUUUCCAUGGAAGAUACUGCUUGUGUUGGGAUUGCUUCUUGUUGGAACUGUGGGCUUGAUCUGGUGGAACAGCUAUAGAAAAGUGGACAAGACAUUGGAUCCAAAUACAGCUCACCCAGACCGGAUCCUUUCUGAGGGAAAUGGACUGCCAAUCAUGAAGCCAGCCAGACGGAGAAAAGAGGGACUUCUCAAAACUCCUCAAAGCUCAAAGCUCCAGAAGGGGCUCAACUCAGGAGGGUGGUACACAGAGGUGGUGUUUGGGGACAGGAAAAUAUGUGUCCAGAAUGUUGCCAAGGACAGUUCUUCAAAGAGUCUUCUCUGUGUUACUUGAGGAUGGUUUGGGCAAUGGGUUGCUAUGGAAAUGAGUACUGGGUCAUCAACCUGCCUCCCAGCCUCCUCUCUCUGAGGAUGUCUCCAGGACUGGUUAGACUGUCCCUUGACUAUGCCCGUAAAUGCCUCUCCUUUUAUCACAUGAGCAAGUGCUCUAUCUACAUCUUCCCUUGAGAUGUUUUUUUUUCUCUGAAAUUCUGUACCCCCUCUUCAUUCUUUGGUCCUCUAAGGUAGAUUCUCCUGACAUCUUUCUUGUACCCAAGGCUUCCAAGGAAAACAAUAACCUUGGAUUCUGAAAACCAGGAUUAUAUUCUAAGUCCCAGCUCUUUUAUCUUUUCACCAGUUUCUUGAAGGGGCUCACAGGAUCACCCAUUCCCCUAAUCAAGAGGCUUUAACUUCACUGUGGCAUCAAAUCUGACCUGGAGGCUGAUGCAUUCAGUGACCUAUCAUAUCCCAGUGUCUCUGAUAUCCUGCCUACUGAUUAUAAUCUGAUAUCUGGUGACAAAAGACCCUUAGAAAAUCCAAUGACAAAUGCAAUUUAGCCAAGAGGAGGAGGAAGUGCAAGGAAUGAUCAAGUACUUAAUUGGUUUCUCUAGGAAAGUGGGGCUGAGAAAACAAGCAAACAAAAAAUACAGUUAAAAUGUGGACGAGAAAAUACAGCUGAAUCUAAGGAGGAAAGUCUGGUCACUAAGCUAUAUCUUGAACAUCCCAUGAAGUGUGUGAUCCCUGCACCAGACUUUUCCAGAAAGUUAACUGAGAAUGGGGAAUGAGGAAGUUUUUCAGAUAUUCUAGUCCAAGAGGAAAAUUAGUUAUGUGUUAUAUAUAUGAAAAUGUCCGUUUUAUUUUUAGAGUGAAAAAAAGCAUACAAUUUAAAAUGAAAUUGCUUAUGUUUAAUUAUGAAAUAAACAUAAGCAAUAAAUGCAACAGAAGUAAUAAAAUGCAGUGGAACCAAAAAUAAAAUCACAAUGAAUUACACGUAGAGGAAGAAAGAAUGCGAAGAAAUAAAGAUUCAGAAAAAUAAGUCUUCAAAUCUUCUGCAGUGAGGAUGAGGAAUCCCUGCAAAUGACAUUCUGCUCUUUCCAGGAGGGCAGGAAUUAGGGACUUCACUGUCCUUUGAAGGUUAUUCAUCUGUAGCAUUCUGGAUUUUUCUCUUUGGGGUCAGAAUAUUUGUCUCUAUUUUUAAACUCCUAAGUUUAUGCUUGAAACUAUGUAUUGUUUUUCACAAGUGGUUACACAUUUACUUUAUUUAGUUUUAAAAUUUGUCAAUUGUAAAAUACACAUAACAUAAAAGUCAUCAUUUGGGCCAUUUUAAAGUGCACCGUUCAGUGGCAUUUUGUUCCUUCACUAUGUGUACAACCAUCAUCAGUAUCCAGUUCUAGCAUAUUUGGAUUAUCCCAAAAAGAAACGUCAUCACCAUUUAUCAGCCAUACUCAUUUCCCCCUCUCUCCAGCCCCUAACCUACUUUCUGUCUUUCUGAAUUUGCCUAUGUUGGGUAUUUCAUAGAAAAGGAAUCAUAAAAUAUAUGGAUUUUUGUGUGUCUAUUUUUUUUUUACUUAGCAUAAUGUUUUCAAAGUUCCUCCACAUUGCAACAUGUAUCAGAAAUUCAUUAAUUUUUUGAAAUUAAAAGACUUUAUUUUUUUAAGAAGUGUUUUAGGUUUACAGCAAAAUCGAGUGUAUAAUUCAUAUGCCUCCCCUCUCACCCCCUAGUUUCCUCUGUUAUGAACAGCCUGCCUUGCUGGGGUACAUUUGUGACACGGAUGAAAUGGUAUUAAGACAUUAUUUUCAAUUAAAGUCCCUAGUUUACAUCAGGGUUCACU